AGCAGCAGAGGUCGAGCGGCCUGCGACACGGCGGCGGCGGGGCAGGCGAAAGAGGCAGCAGCGUCCCGGCGGCGGCCAACUCGCGGCGGCGGCCCCUCGAGGCUCGGCGACGGCAACGGAGGCGGCGGAGGCAGCGGCCAUGGGCCGCUCGUGACGGCCCCCGCGCCCCACCCGCCCCCCGACACGGCCCCCUCCCACGAAUCGUCGGCCAUGGCGUCGUCGGAGGCUGGUGAUGUCAUCUGGCGCCCGCUGCUCGUGCUACUGCUCUUCUUUUCCCUUCUUCCGCUCUUCUCCGGAUCAGUAUCCGCGGCAAAGGAGUCGGACGGCGUAAGCGGCGACGCAACGUCUGCGGCCGACGGCCCUCGGCCAGCGGCCAGCUCCACUUCCUUUCCUACUAAAGCUCCAAAGUGCGAUCGGAGCUUCGUGAGUCGGCCGAACGCGGCGCAGAACGGCACGUUCGAGGCGCCGCUGCUGUCGGCGCCGCUCAAGCCCAACCAGACGCAGUCGCGCCAGUGCAUCUACACGUUCAUCGCCGGACCGAGACAGCGCGUCGAACUCAUCUUCACCGCCUUCGCCCUCAGGGGCACCCCGCCAGAUGGAUCUUCGAUCGGACAUUUGCCAGCGUGCAUCCACGAGUACCUGGACCUGUACGUCGAGAUCAAGGACAGCAACGUGUCCGACCUGAUCAACACGCCCUUCGGCGGACGCUACUGCGGGCCCAUCGCUCCGCGCAGGCGCAUAUCCCUCUACCGCACCCUCGCCCUCGGCUUCUUCACCGACAAGAACACCACCUACCCUGAGCUCUUUGCCGGCACCUACGCUUUUAUAAAUGAUUCGGACUACGAGGUUGGCACCCCGGAGCCGAACACGCCAUGCACGUUCACGGUGCACACGGAGGUGACGCGAACGGGCAACAUCCUGUCGCCCACCUACCCUGGCGUCUACCCCAAGGACCUGACCUGCUCGUACCAGUUCAUCGGAAAGCCGGGGCAGCGAAUCCGCCUCGAGUUCCGCGACUUUGACUUGUUCUUCGGCGGCCCGCACUGUCCGUUCGACUACGUGAAGGUGUACGACGGACUGACGAACGAGAGCGCCACGAUCGGCACGUUUUGCGGGCAGCAGCGGAAUCUGGUGCUCUACUCGAGCGAGUCGUCGUUAUUUGUGUCGUUCGUCACGCUGCAGCGCACGGCCAACACGCAGAACAGGGGCUUCAAGGGCAUCUUCGAGUUCAGCGAGAGCUUCGUCAAACUAGAUUUUAUAAGCAAAAACGAGGGCGAGCACAUCCGCGGGUCGGAAUGCGACCAGAAGAUCCUGAGCAAGAAGGAGUCGGAGGGCGCGGUGUACAGCCCUAACUACCCCUUCCCCUACAUCCCGAAGAUCGUGUGCCGAUACUUCAUCUACGGCAUGCAGGACAUGCAGCACCUGGAACGCGUCCGCCUCAGCUUCGACAAGUUCGAGAUCCCCCGCCCGCCCAACAAAGAGUGCACAGACGGCUACCUGAAAAUCUACCUGAAGGGCCAGGAGACGAUGGACGCGUACGACAAGUACGACUACGAGUUCUGCGGCGACAUGCUGCCUCCGCAGGUCGUGUCCGACGGCCCCCGCCUCGUCAUGGUCUUCAGCAGCGGCGAAGUUCAGGGGCGUGGCUUCAAGGCAAAGUACAAGUUUGAAACCGAGUACCGGAUCCCAGGAACGCCGACGCCGGGCGGCUCGUGCUCGUUCACGUACCGCAGCACAAGUCGCAAGCGGGGCGAGUUCAACUCGCCUCGUUAUCCCUCCAACUACCCGUCGGGCACAAACUGCACCUAUAUUUUUAUCGCCACCCCCAACGAGCAGGUCAACAUCGUGUUCGACCAUUUCAAAGUGCGAGCCGACGCGGCCAACACCACUUACGGCUCCUACGGCAGCCAUUACUGCCAGGAAGACUGGCUCGAGAUCUACAACAUGUACAAGGACGGCACCGAGAAGCUGGUCGGCCGCUACUGCGGCGUCACGGCGCCGGGGCCCGUCGAGUCCAACCGCGGCGCCACCGGCCUCAAGGUCCUGCUCCACUCGGACGACGACGGCGUCUUCAGCGGCUUCAAGGCCAGAUACAUGUUCGAGGUCGCCAAGUCCAUUUUCGGAGACUGCGGGAGCAACGUGAGCAGCCAGGAGUUCGGCGUGAUCACGAGUCCGAACUGGCCCAACAACUACGAGGGCCCUGAGCGCGGGCUGGCGAGCCGCACGUGCAACUGGUACCUGAGCGUGCGGCCGCGCUUCCGCAUCGUGCUGCACUUCGAGAGCUUCGCGGUGGAGGGCGACCCGCAGAACCGCGGCUGCCCGGCGGCCGUGGUGCGCAUCUGGAACGGCGGCGAGGGCCCGCCGCUCGAGCUGUGCGGCGAAAAGCUGCCGCAGGACCGCACCCAGUUCACCUCGGAGAACCACGUCAUGCGCGUCACCUUCAUCUCGGCCGACAAGUCGGUCGGCGCCGUCGGCUUCCGCGCCGUCUGGACAGAGGUGAGCGGUUCUCCGGCAGGGUGCGACCAGUUCCAGUGUGUGAAGAGCGGCUUUUGCGUGUCGGAGCGGCUGCGGUGCAACGGCGUGGACAACUGCGGCUCCGAGGACCGCUCGGACGAGACAAACUGUGAGACGGAGGCGCCGCUGGAGCCACUAGCGAUGCUAGGUGCGUGCGUGGGCGGCGCCGGCGUGUUGGCGCUGGCGCUGUGCGUGUGGUGCCACCGGAAGCGGCGACGGCGGCGCCGGCAGAGUCGGCGGCGGCGUCUGCAGCGCGGCUCGCCGGGCGUCGGCUACCGCGGCAGCCUGGCCGGCAGCUUGGCCGGCAGCAACAUGGCGCCGGCCAGCCUCCCGCCCAGCCUAGCCGGCAGCCUUCCCGCCAGCCUAGCCGGCAGCCGUCGCAGCGUGCAGCACGUGUGCGACCACUACGCCAGCAGCGUCGACAGUGUCUAGUGCUGCCCCUCCCCUCUCUCGCUCGCCCGCUCUCGGGACUGUGCGGCGUUACGCCCCCUCCACUCACGCACCGACGAACGCCAUCUUUGCGCCGCGGCGAUGGCUCUUUCAACCGCAGUUUUUUCUUGCUACCGAUUGGACACGCCCCCUUUUUGAAAUAAUCCACCCAUCGCCCGCGCAAAAAAUCUUCCAGGAGGGCCGGAUGUUGACUAAAACUGUGAAGCGUCGAAUUUCGAAGAAUCGAGGUUUGUGAUAGCGUGUAGCGAGUUUGGCCCCUUUUCGAUCGAUUGUUGGGUACGUGUGCCAAAAAGUAAUUCUCGUCAUUGUUAACAAUCAUUUUUAAUACGCAAGUAAAAGAGAAAUACACCGUAACACGUAAAAUAUAAAAGAAAAUAAAGAAAAAGUGUUUGUUAUCUCGCGAUUAUUCUAUGCAUUAUAUUAUACCAGGUGUUUAACAAGCUGUGUUAAUUAUAUGCUCUAUAAUGAACCUUAAAUAAGAGAACAGAAUAAAACACAAUUACACACACACACGAGAUAAUCUAAAAGGAUUUAAAUUAAUAAAGAAAAAAAAUUAGACUCUCAGCGCAGUUCUUGUCGCAGAUUAGAUAGCGGAGAGUGCGUAUAAAAGUAAAAUAUCCACGUGCAGCGUAUAUUUAUUCGUAAACUCUAUGUUUGUAGCCGUUUCCUUUCACACACGACGCGGCGGCGGCCAGAAAUAAUUAAAUAAAUGAAUAAAAUUUGCUCAGCGAUCUUGAAUGUGUCUGUCCCCGACACGCUACUCAUCCCGUUCAAUGGCAAUCAUCGCGGCGACAUUUCGUUUUCUCUAAUUAAUCUCCCGCGUUUAAAAAGCCUAAAAAAGAAAGAAAAAGCAAUUCGGUGUCUCUCUCAGCACACACAAACACACACACACACAUUUUAAUAAGCGCCUUUGCGUGCCAAAGCUUUGUUCGUACGAAAGAAGAGAAAGAUUGGAAAAACACCCCCGACACACGAGAUUCACGUGAGCAUUUUGUAAUUUAUAUUGAACUACCGAUGUUAAAUGACUAUACACACACACACGCGCGACAUCAAAUUACGAAACGACGAGGUAGCGAAACAAUGUUGGCAAUUUAUAUAGAAAUGUAACAGUUGAAAAUAAAAUGGAAAGAAAAUAUUGACACAAA